AUGGCAGCACGAUCUCACCGGCUUUUGGGCUUGCUGGUGACAGGUCUCCUCGUCUGCCUCUCACUUGUCCUCCUUGAAAGCCCAAAUUCCUUCAGCAAGAAUGUCGCUCCACUCCAACCAUCUGCCCCUCCUUCCACGUUACCAGAACUGAUCGAGCCUCCGACUGGUCCGACCGAUCACUAUCCAAGCGACGUGCACCCGAUAACAGCGCUCGUCGAAGAUGCAGAGCAACAAUUUAGCCAGCUCCUGGGGCGCCAAUCCAGGACGCUGAGCGAUGCCGUCAAGGAAUACCGCCGGCGCUACAACAUGCACCCCCCGCCGCACUUUGACAAAUGGUUCAAGCUCGCUCAGUCCAAAGGCGUCGAGUUGAUUGACGAAUACGACACCAUCUACCACAUAUUGCUACCAUUCUGGGCCCUUUCACCGCAAACCAUCCGCGCCCGCGCUAGGGAGGCUCUUGGGUAUGAUAAUGGCUUGUUUGGGGUUCUUAUCAGAGACGGAAAGGUGUCACUGGCCGAAGGGCUCGAUGAUGAACACGAGUGGCAGCGCGAGGCUACGCUCAGCAUGGUCAAGGACUUUGUUCGGUAUUUGCCGGACAUGGACCUGGCUUUCAACGCCCACGAUGAGCCUCGCGUUAUUGUGCCGAGUGAAGACCUUCAAAGGCUGGUCGCAAUAGCCAAGGACAGCGCCAUCCCGAAUGCGUUUCAGGCAAGAUCCUUGGUAAACGCAUGGUCGGCUCGGCCCGAGGACCUGAACAAGGGUGACCGCAUUGAUGAAGUGCGGACAACUCGCUUCAAUAAAAUGUCUCAUCAACCUGCCUGGACCAGCUCGAGGAUAUCGUGCCCAGUCGAUAGGCCUGUUCGUUCCCUGGAUGAGAACCCGCCGGAUGAUACAACUCGAUAUGCUCUCGGAGAGUUAGGUUUCAUUCACAACACAACCGCGUUCUCCGAUGUUUGCAGCACUCCGUCGCUGAGAAAUACCUACGGAUUCUUCGACCGACCGAAUUUGUUCGCAGCUGUUCAUGACUUGUUGCCUGUUUUCUCUCAGAGCAAAGUGUCAACGUUUCAGGAUAUACUGUACCCCAGCCCCUGGUAUUGGGCUAAGAAGGUACCAUAUGUCAAGGAGAAAGACUAUGGCUGGGAGGAGAAGAAGGACAAGUUAUACUGGAGGGGGUCAACGACUGGUGGCUUUUCUAAAGGCGGGGGCUGGCGACGGCAUCAUCGGCAAUUGAUGGUCAGCAACAUCAAUGCGCUCAAUAACGCCAAAAUUCUCGCCAAAUCUGACGACGGAAAUUGGGAAACUGAAGAGGUUGACCGCAGCGUCUAUAGCAACCUUUUUGACGUUCAAUUCACCUCCGUUGGGCAAUGCGAUCGUAAUGACUGCGCCGCCCAGAUGGAAUUCUUUAACAUCACAGAGCCUGUGGAACAGCAAGAGGCUUGGGCUUACAAGUACCUCGUUGAUAUCGACGGGAACGCCUUCAGUGGCCGGUACCACGCGUUCCUCGAAAGCAACAGCCUGAUUUGCAAGAUUGCUUUGUUCCGAGAAUGGCACGAUGAACGGCUCAAGCCUUGGGUCCAUUACGUCCCACUGAGCCUCAAAGGGGACGAUCUCGUAGAGACCAUGCGUUAUUUUUCUUCAGAAGAAGAGGGCAGAAUCGCAGCACCUCGAAUAGCUCGGCAAGGGAAAGGCUGGGCACAGAGCACGUUACGCAAUGAGGACAUGGAAGUCUGGUUCUUUAGAUUGUUAUUGGAGUAUGGGCGCUUGAUUGAUGAUAAUAGAGAGAACUUGGGAUACACAUGGUAA